AUGAACAGCUUGGCCGCUGAACAUGUGGACGAAGAGACAGCCGCCCGUGACCGUCAAAUUGUGGCUGCAGUUAUAUUUAUGAUAGCCUUACCUGGCGUUAUAUGUAAUGCGCUGGUGGCUAUGUUCACUCGCAGCCUACCGACACUCAACAACUCGUUCGGACGACUAACAGCCAGCCAGGCCACUGGAGAGAUAGUCUGUUGCUGCUUCAUUCGCAUUCCACUAUGUGCCCAUGGUUGCCUUGUAAGCACUGCGUUCAUUGAAACUGACACCUACAGAAGAAAUGCACUCACCUGUCUCUCGUUUCAUUCCAGGGAUAUUGGAGUUAUGAAAGAGUACUCCCAUUACGUCGGUCUCAUUUUGCUGAUAUGCUAUGAUAUCUGCAUCUACUCUCACUUGAUUAUCGCUCUCAAUCGGUUGUCGGCCAUCAACUGUCCGCUAUCUUACUCUGUGCAUUUCAGUAAUCGCAACACCACCAUUCUCAUUAUCGCUAUAUGGACAGUAUCCAUCAUUGCACCAUGUGCGCUACAUGGGAGAAGAAUCUGCUCGCUUUCUUACUCGGAUCCCGUUUACACCUACAUCUUCAAUCCCAGUGAGUUUUGCGGGCAAUUGUGGUAUGUGGACUUUAUUCAAGAUGUGAUUAUUGUAAUUCUCAUAGCUAUCAUUGACACAAUUACAAUAAUCAAAUACCGACUCUCAACAUCAACGGUGAGCAAUGUUCAAGUCAAUGAUUCACCGAGUGAAUUGUAA